AAUGUCUCUGAGGCGCUCUGAAAUGUGCAUUCUCUGCUAAGCUGAGCAAUGGAUUGGAAUAUGUGUCUGACACCUUUUUGGCGGGACCGCAACAGCAACAGCGGGCCAGCCCUACAAACGUGAAUGUCUGUGACUGAGUGAUGAAGUUACACCAUUGGUCGGCCAAAUGGCGUGUGUUAGGUCCAGCCAUAUACUAGGUUUUGACCUGGUCUUGUUCACCUCUGAUAGGCAAAGAGAGUUAACUUGACCUCUCUCUUUUUUAAAGUCGGACUGAAAUUGCUUCGCUUAUAUUUUGUACUACCCUUGGUGGUAAAAUAGGCAAUGUCAGCUGUAUUAUCAAAUCAUUUACAAUUUAUAUUUUUUUGUUUUGAAUUAUAAAAAUUGGUGUUUUAAAAAUCACUGCGCCAUCUACUGUGCUUUUUUCCCCACAUUUUUAAAACUGCCGCUUCCUGACGUCAGGAAGCGGUCGCAUUUGCAUGCAGCCUAUCACAGCGUGUAUUUGCUUCUUAUGAUUGACAUUGAGGGCUAGGCUGCAUUUGCCACUGUCAAGUUUGGCAAACAUGGCACCUUGCAAGCGACACUGUUGUGUUGAAGGAUGCACAAAUAGUGACUCACUACACGCAAUCCCGAAGGACACAAAUGUAAAAAACAUGAGUAGAAUUUUUAUCAGGUUCAUUUGUGUCAAACAACACAAGAGUCUGCAGUCUGCAUUUUAAACCAGACAACUUUUUGAAUUGGGUGCAAAAAGUGGAUUUUGCAAAGAACUGCGACUGAACCCUGGAGCAGUCCCCACAAUUCGAUCAAGCGCAGUACGGAGGAUAACCACAAAGUAAGUUUCUUAUAUUAUUAUAUUUAGAUGUAUAAUUACUGUGUAUGAAUUACCUUCGCCUGGCUUACAAGGAGGAUAGCUAACAGCUACAUUCGCUAUCGUUAGCUGGCAUAGCUGAAAAGCAAUCUUAGCAUCAACAUAAUUAUCACACAAAAUAUAAAGCAACAAUUCAGGAAAGCCAAAUAUUAUUUAUCUAACUAGCUACUGAGAUUUGUUGACUUUGUGCAAUAUGACAACUCAUUUAGCUUUACAGGGUUUUCCCGCAUCCACGUCAAGCGGACAGACGACCGCAUCCACUACCACCAGUGACCCCGCCCCCUCUCAUUGCCCAUAAACCCCUAAAAACCGCAGUGUUGAGAGCAGCAGUGGCUCUGAGGAUCAGGUGUUCCGGUGAGGCAGCAGGUGUGUUCAGAGCAGCUCUCCGCCCGGCGAGUGCUGUUUCUACCCCCCCACCACCACCCCCUCAAGCGGCAGUUAAAAAUCCCAGCAAUUUCAAACGGCUUUGAAAGAAAAAAGGGCCAAAUACUUUUUAGACUGCAGCAGGCCCGCCCAAAGUGGUCCAAAAAGAAAACAAAAAAACCAACGGAAGGCAUUCUUGAACGCUCUGUCCUGUGUGCUUCUCUGAAUUCAUUUUGUAUUUUUUGGUUUAUGGACUCUGUGGGACGAGGAGCUGCUCUGCCGGGUGAUACUAACUGCAGCUUGUUCAGUGGGGUGGAGGGUCCCUGUGACAGUUGGGGCCUGUGUGCAGUUAAGCAGAGAUACGGAACUGGGUUCUAAAAUUGGGUAGGGAGACAUUUUCUGGGGUAAUGCAUUGAGUUCGGGUUCUUUCACGUUUUUAUGAAAUUCCAACAUUAAAAAAAAAAUAAUAAUAAAAUUUAAAAAAUUCUCUCAUUGAGGAUCUUAAUUUGUUACUGCCCACCAGGUUAAAAGGUCUGCAUCUUGAUGGUAUGUUUUGAAGUACCAUUGCUAUUAUUGUGUUGUCACUAUUAUAGUAAGUUAAUGUCACCCAUUAUCUGCACUCAGUACUCUGUGAAUAUAGCUGUGUGUAGUUGACGUGUCUGUGCUGAUGAGUUGAGUGAGUCUGUGUGCAGUGCAUGGAGCUGCCUUUUCGCUGUGUAUGCCGCUCUGAGGUUUGAAGUAUCUUUUUUUUUAUCCUCGUCUGUCGCCGGGGUAUCAUUCGAAACGGCUUGUGUAACGAGCGCUGGUCAGACACGAGCAGCGACUGGACGCUCCUGGUCAUAGGUGUCCAGAAGUGAAGCAAUUUUAAACGGUUUACUUUUUACUGUGCCGUGUUGACUCUUGUGUAACAUAACGUAUAAUGAAUGGAAUGUCUGCGCCGGAGACGUGAGAAGGAAACUGUCAUUGUGCUUUUUGUUGUUGGGGUCUCGUGUGCGAGAGUGGGGUACGGUUUAAUGCAGUCUGAUGAGAAAGCAGAGGGAUUAGCGGAGAAAUAGAGAGUUUGAAUGUCUCGGAGAUAUGUAUACGUGACGUGCGGUUUGUCUGAAGCUACGUACUGAUGGGAGAAAGGCUGUCUGCAAAGGUUGCUAAGACACUGCAAUGACGAGACCUGUGCUUUGGAGAAAGUCCUGGUGUUCACCACUAGAGGGCAGCAUACGAACAGAUAAACGAAAGGUUUCCUUUUACAGUUUUGUGGCCGGGACGAGCUUUCUUCCACAGUCACUGUAGAAAAGCGUAGGCUCGCGGUCUAAUCGCAGUAUUUCUUUGGCUCCGUUCAAAGUCGGCUUCUCGGUUUCUCUAAGCUGGGGGGCUAAGCAGCCGGCGGGUCCACGUUUCUUUGUUUGAUCGCCUAAAAUUCUCACCAUGCUCAGCAUGUGUAAAUUUAAAGGAGAAUUUGAGCCUUGGAGUGAGGUGUUAAAGAAUACCCGGGUGAUUAAAUAAUACCUCCUGUUUGGAAACAGGAGACCGAAGACCUAAAAACGGAAACCGGACGCCGCGCUCCAGAGGCCAAGAGGGUCCACUUUAGUAGGAGCAAUAGGCCUUUUUCACGCUCACAGAACGUACUUCCAGUCCGGCGUUUGUUGUGUAAAAUCACUUCUGCCAAAAUGGAAAGAGAAUUUGAUGUGCCGAAAUUAAUGCUCUCCUUGGACACCCUUCCAAUAUUAACGUCCUCAGAUGUUGUUCGUUUAGUGGAGCAGCAUUCCUCCACAGCCCCUUCAAAGCUGGAGCGAGGAUAUAAAUUCUUCUUUGAAAAUUUUAUCUACAACUAUGAAGAUUGUUUUCCAAGCUGGCACAGAGCCUGUUCAGUUGAAUGGAUCACCAUGCACCUGUUCAGCAGGCAAAGUGCUAUGCAACCAUCUCGUGGCCAUGCUGUUUCAGAGUGCCCAUUACAGCAUGAUGCAGAUGAAGGCGGUACCACCAACUAUGGCUUGCACAAGCACUCUGCAAACAUGGCAUCGGCCACGGACACAGGGGAUCUGUACAGAGCCUAUUCAGAACUUGGUGGUUAAGAAACCAGAGCCAUCUGCCAGAAGCGUAUGUAAAUCAACGCUCUAUCAAGCAUACACAGGAUCCGUCCCUGGCCCAUCAGUCUUGUCCCUUGGGGAAAGACUAAAAAGCCUCAGACCCCAACCGCUAAUAUCCUUGGUGCUGCAUGGCUUGUCUGAGCUUUCACUGGUUGACUCUAGGUUUGGACCUGUGCUGCAAGGUUCACCACUGUCAUAUCAGUGUCCUCCUGUUGUGGCCACUAGUCAUGUCAAACACCCAGAUGCCCCAGCAUUCCCCAAACACCCAGUAGAUGGUGCCAAAUUUUCCACUGCCAUACACUUUGUCCCAAAUUGCCACCAGUUCUUCCAUUUAGAGAGCUUAACUGUCACACAGGAGAUUGCAGCUAUGAUAGAGGAGGGCACACAAGAGCAGUCCGAGUGUCCAUUAUGGAAAGAAAUGCGCCAGCCCAGAGUAACAGCCAGUAGGUUCUAUGAGGUUUUCCAUGAGCGUGGGGGAGUCUACUGGUCAGGUACUGGCAGUGCGAAUACUUAAGGGAGUAUGACAAACUAGCACAAUGAAAAGGGGCCUUGAGCGUGAACCUCAGGUGCUGGAACAAUACUCAAUACUGUUCAAUGUAAAUGUCUCACCCUGUGGCUUUGUCAUACAUCCCGAUGCUCCUUACCUUGGUGCCAGCCCAGAUGCAAAGGUUUAUGACCCUAAUGCAACUCCUAGUUUUGGGCUUGCAGAAGUUAAAAGCCCAGACAUCUGUAACAUUUCUGAGGUGGGGCAUGUCAAAUGUGUGAAUGGCCAGGCAAAACUGAAAAAAAAUCAUAAAUUCUACUGGCAGGUUCAAGGUCAAUUGGCAGUAACUGGAUUGAGCUGAUGUGAUUUCAUUACUGACACUGAGGACAUAACAGUUGAAAGAGUCUGGAGGGAUGAUGAAAUGAUAACAGAGAUGAAAGAAAAGGUGGACCUUUACUUUUUUUGUACAUAUAUGGAUCUCCAAACAGCUAAAUGGUAACUCUAAACCCCUGGUGGUCUAGUGGUUAGGAUUUGGCACUAUCACUGCUGCAGCCCGGGUUCGAUUCGCGGUCAGGGAAUGUACAUUUUCACUAUUGUAUAUCUGAACAGGCUGUACAUAACCACCAACUUUAUGUAUAUAAAGUAACAUAAUUUUUCUUUCUUGUUACUAUUUAAUAUUUCUCUUCACUCCUUGCACUCUUCACUUCUUUGCACUAUUUGUAUCCUGUAUAUAGUGUGGCGUGGAUCGGGGCAUGCCCCCACAGUGCCCCUCCCAGCCAAAACCUGCCACCAGGCCAGCUCUUCAGGACCCAGGACAGCACCCCACUAUGAAGCCCAGCCACAGGACCCUGGAGAGCGGCAAAUUAGAAAUUCCUCAACUCCCUCCUUUGCAGUCAACACACCUGCAAUCAAUGAGGCAACACAGCUGCCGCCACUCCAGGGAGAUGGCUGGGAGCUUAAAAGGAGGCCUUUUGUCCCCCUUGAGGAGAGGGGUUUUGGGCUGCAGGAGAGCUGUGGAAACUGUUGAUAACUUUGUCCCUAUUUUACUGAAUCCGGUGGAGACGCAGGACCACAUCCCUCUUCCUGCUUUGAAGAGGGAUCCCCUCAGCGGUCUCCCGGACGCCGUUACUCCUAAUUUUGUUUGCUUUACUUUAAGUUAAUUCCGACAGGAGAUUUUUGUUGUUGAGUUUGGUUUUGGGUUUUGUAUAUAAUUUUGGUAAAUAAAAGG